AUGUCCUAUCGCGGAGGAAGACGAGAGAAGGCAGAGCCCUUCGACCACCUCGUUAAGCUGUUGGUCCUAGGUGACAGUUCUGUUGGAAAGUCAAGUCUUCUUCUACGUUUCGCCGAGAAUAAAUUCGACCCGAACUUCGUGCUAACAAUCGGAGUGGACUUCAAGACAAAAGUCGUCGAAUGCGGUGGCCGACGGAUAAAGCUGCAAGUGUGGGACACUGCUGGCCAAGAGCGUUUUCGCACGAUUACGCCGGACAUUCGGCGUUGGAUGCAAAACGUUGAGGAAUACGCCGACCCUAGCAUCGUUCGCGUCCUAGUGGCCAACAAGCUCGACCUUCAAGCUCAGAGGCAAGUUUCGCGCUCAAAGGGUGAGGAUUUGGCUCGCGAGUACUCAAUUCCCUUCAUUGAAACGUCUGCCAAAGGCAACGUCAACGUCGAGGAGGCUUUCAUGUACGUCAACUUGGCUGCUAGCCUAUCUGCUGUGUUUUAUCGCCACUGA